AUGUACUACGAGUCCCUGCUCAAGACGGUGCUCGAGGGCCAAGUGCUCCGGGCGCCGCACAUGAAGAACGAGCCGGCGUUCUACCGACGCCUCGAGCAGUCGAUGGACGUAGCGCGCAAGAAGAACACGCUGACGACGCUCAAGCCGCGGUGGGAAGACGACGUGCUGGACCUGACAUCGAGCGACUUCCUGUCGCUGAGCCGGACGGGCCGCAUCCGCGACGCGUUCCUGGCCGAGCUGGCCGAGUGCGGCGACUUCCGGCUGAGCGCGUCGGGGUCGCGGACGCAGUACGGCAACUACGACUACCUGAACGUCGCGGAGUCCGAGAUCGCGGCCUUCCACAAUUCCGAGACAGCGUGGAUCUGCCACUCGGGCUUUUUGGCCAACAUGGCCGUGCUCGAGUCGGUACCGCUCUCGGGCGACGCCAUCGUCUGGGACGAGUUCUCGCACGCCAGCACCAGCUUGGGCAUCAAGCUCAGCUCGGCCGCCCACAAGCUCUCCUUUCAACACAACAGCGUCGAUUCCCUGCGCGACGUGCUCACCUCGCUGCGCGACGGCGACGGCGGCUUUCGCUCCGGCGCCAAGUCCGUGCUGAUCUGCGUCGAGUCCAUCUAUAGCAUGGACGGCGACAUAUGCCCCCUCGCCGAGUUCGUGGCGCUCGCCAAGGAGCUCUUCCCCGCUGGCAAUGCGCAGUUCAUCAUGGAUGAGGCACACAGCAGCGGAGUCUUGGGUCCCAACGGAGCGGGCUUGGUUCAAGCACUCGGCUUGGAGAAAGAAAUCGCCAUCCGCAUCCACGUCUGUAGCAAGGCAUUGGGUGCAACUGGAGGUGUGAUCCUCUGCAACCAGACAGUGCGCAACGCCAUCAUACAAAACUCCCGCGCGCUGACCUACAGCGGUGCCCCAUCCGUGCCCAUGGUCGCUUGCAUCCGCGCCGCCUACCGAUUUCUGAGAAACGGCGAGACCCAAAAGGAACAAGAGCAGAUCCAGACCAUCGUAAAGUACUUCUUCGAGCAGGUGCUUGCGCACCCAGUGUGGCAGGACGCCAUGGACGCGGGGCUGCUAGCGGUGCCGCUGGCGGAGGAGUUUGAGACGCGCCCCUACCAGUCGCACAUCGCGCCGCUGCGGCUGCUGCGCGGGGGCCACGGGCACGAGCAGUUCCUGUUCUGCCACCUGGCCAUCGCUAACAUGAACGCGUACCCGAUCUCCUAUCCGACCGUGCCCAAGGGCACCGACCGCAUCCGCCUCGUCUUCCACGCCCACAACACCGCCGACGACGUCGACCGCCUCGUCGCCACCGUCGCCGACUGGGCCGAGGAGAUGAUGCAGAUCGAGAGCAGCGGCUCCAAGGAUGCCAUGCCCUCGGCCAUGCGCAAGGCCUACUGGAUGGAGACGUCGCUGGUCAAGUGA